GGGGUCCCGCUGCGGCCGGGGCCAUGCGGCGGGGAGCGGCCUGAGCGGGGCGGCCAUGGCCGGGGCGGCGGCGGGCGGGGAGCGGCGGGCGGCGCUGACGGCGGUGCGGACCGAGGGCGCGGGGACCCCCGGCUCCGCUAGCGGGACCCCCGAGCCGCCGCCGCCCCCUCCCCGCCGCCGGGGGCUGCUGGCGGGGCCGCGCCCCGGGGCCGCCCCCCGCCCCGCCGGGGCCCCGCGCUGCUGCCGCCGCCGCCUGCAGAACUGCCUGUACAACGUGCUGGAGCGGCCCCGCGGCUGGGCUUUCAUCUACCACGUCUUCAUAUUCCUCCUCGUCUUCAGCUGCCUGGUGCUGUCGGUCUUCUCCACCAUCCAGGAGCACCAGAAACUGGCCAACCAGUGCCUCUUCAUCCUGGAAUUCGUGAUGAUCGUGGUGUUCGGCAUGGAGUACAUCAUCCGCGUCUGGGCCGCCGGCUGCUGCUGCCGCUACCGCGGCUGGCGCGGCCGCUUCCGCUUCGCCAGGAAACCCUUCUGCGUGAUAGAUUUCAUCGUCUUCAUCGCCUCGGUGGCCGUCAUCGCCGCGGGCACGCAGGGCAACAUCUUCGCCACGUCGGCGCUGCGCAGCAUGCGCUUCCUGCAGAUCCUGCGCAUGGUGCGCAUGGACCGCCGCGGCGGCACCUGGAAGCUGCUGGGCUCCGUGGUCUACGCCCACAGCAAGGAGCUCAUCACCGCCUGGUACAUCGGCUUCCUGGUGCUCAUCUUCGCCUCCUUCCUCGUCUACCUGGCCGAGAAGGACGCCAACGUCCAGUUCGCCACCUACGCCGAUUCUCUCUGGUGGGGCACGGUGACCCUGACCACCAUCGGCUACGGGGACAAGGCGCCGCAGACGUGGCUGGGCAGGAUGCUGGCGGCCGGAUUCGCGCUGCUCGGCAUCUCCUUCUUCGCCCUGCCCGCCGGGAUCCUGGGCUCCGGUUUCGCCCUCAAAGUGCAGGAGCAGCAUCGGCAGAAGCACUUCGAGAAGAGGCGGACUCCGGCGGCCAACCUGAUCCAGGCUGCCUGGCGCCUCUACUCCACGGAUGCCAGCCGGGCGUACCUGACGGCCACGUGGUGUUACUACGACAGCCUCCUGCCCGCCUUCAGAGAGCUGGUCCUUAUGUUUGAGCAUUUGCACCGGGUUCGCAACGGAGGAUUUAGGAAUUCAGAGGUGAAAAAAUGGCCUGACAGAGCCCCACCGCCCUAUCACUCCUUCACCCCUGCCCAGAAAAGCUUCAGCCUGGCCGUGUGUUCAGGGGAAAGCUGGAAUGAGGAGGACGCGCAGCCCCACAGGUGUUUACGCCUCAGCAACAAGAUGGGCAUCAAGGAGCGGAUCCGUCUGAGCAGCUCCCAGCGCCAGGGCAGCCGCGGGCGGCAGCAGCACCUGGGGCCGCCCCUGCACCGCUCCCCCAGCACCGAGGACGUGGCCGAGGCCUCCAGCCCCACCAAGGUGCAGAAAAGUUGGAGCUUCAACGACCGCACCCGGUUCCGAGCAUCCCUGAGGCUGAAACCGCGGCUGCCGGCUGAGGCCGACUGCCCGCCGGAGGACAGCGGCGAGGAGAGGAGCUCGCCCUGCGACCUGACCUUCGAGGACAUCAUGCCGGCGGUGAAGACCCUCAUCCGGGCUGUCAGGAUCCUGAAAUUCCUGGUGGCCAAGAGGAAGUUCAAGGAGACUUUGCGUCCCUACGACGUCAAGGAUGUCAUCGAGCAGUACUCGGCCGGACACCUGGACAUGCUGGGCAGGAUCAAGAGCCUGCAGACGCGCGUGGACCAGAUCGUGGGCAGGGAUCGCGCUCUCCCUGCGGACAGGAAGGUUCGGGAGAAAGGGGAGAAGCCGGCGCUGGAGGGGGAGCUGGUGGACGAGCUCAGCAUGAUGGGGCGCGUGGUCAAAGUGGAGCGGCAGGUCCAAUCCAUCGAGCACAAGCUGGACCUGCUGCUCGGGCUGUACUCGCAGUGCCUCCGCAAGGGCUCCACCAACUCCUUCAGCCUGGCCGCGCUGCGGCCGCCGCCCGGCGAGCCCGACAUCACCUCCGACUACCAGAGCCCCGCGGAGCCCGAGGACAUCUCCGCCUCCGCGCAGACCCUCAGCAUCUCCCGCUCGGCCAGCGCCAACAUGGACUGAGCAGGACGCGGCGGGAUGGACCCGGCACGGGGCGCUGUC